CAGGACACCAGAGAAGUAAAGAUCCCCUCCUCUGACUCCUUCCUUUCAAGCUGUGCCAAAGGUCAGAUUUGGCAGCGUUGAGGAGGGAGAGGAAGAGUGAUCAUUCUGAGGAAAACCAUUCUCUACUAAUGGAGAAGGAUGAGCCUGAUGGACAGAAUUCAAAUGAGCUGGACAAUGCUGUGAAGGAGCUGCAAGCAGCCCCCAGAGCCUUGAGAUGGCACCAAAAACCAAGAAGGGACUGAAAGGCUCCAUUGAUGAUGUCCUUGGUGACCUCCUGGGGGAUGAGACAACACCUGAGAAGCCUGUUAAACUAACUUCACGUGCCAGAGACACCUCAGCUGUCGCUCAGGCCCUCCCUCCUUCGAGGGCGAGGACAAAGUCCCUCCUGGAAGACAAUGGCUUUAGCACGAGGGCAGGCCUGGCAGGAGCUGAUGCUGAGGUUUCAGACAUCUCAGAUGCAGACCCGCAGGCUCUGCUCCAGGCCAUGAAGGAUCUGGAUGAAAUGGAUGCCGAUUUCUUAGGUCUGAAGAAGUCUAAUCCAGCCUCAGACAAAAGGUCUGCCAAGGGUUCUGAGAAAGAAGAGCAGCCUAGUAAUCUUAAACCUGCUGGUAUGUUAACGGCCAAUGAGAAAGGAGACACCAUUCCCACCAAGAAGCUACCUCCCUCUCCCACCAGCUUUGGGCAUCACAGGAAGUUCUCCUUCGAAGACUUGGAAGACCCGUUGGCAGGACUUCUCUCUGAUGACGAGGAAGGAAUCGCCAAGAAGCCACCAGGGAUGGAGAGCAAAACAGCUUUGGAAAAGAGCGCAGCCCCAGUCAGAGAUCAAGGUCCCUCUCUGCCUCUAACUCCUGGGGACACCCCAGUCCGAAAGAAAGAGCUGCUCUUUGACGAUGAGGAUGACAUCAUAGCCACCCUGGGGUUUGGAGACCACCCCAGAGCAGAGAGGAGGCCAACGGGAGAGGCAGCACCCCUCCCCGCUCGCUCCAAGCUGGAUGAGCUGCUGGGUCGGGGAACUGCCGCCAAACUCCUGGUCUGCCCGGGCAGCGGGGAGCGCAGGGAGUUCAAGCUGGACAAGAAGUACCAGAGGCCACAGGACAAAGAAGACACCUGGGAUGACGAGGACUUCACCUUCAGAGCCUAUCAGCCCACCGUGGGCCCCGAGGGCCGGCAGUCCCGCCGGCAGUCGGUCAGUAGGUUCUUAGAAGGCGGCACAGACCCCAAGGGAGAACCGGGCUCUAGACAGAGCAGCCCAGCGGCGUCCAGCCCCAUCCAGCCCAGGAGGGGAGGCGCCGAUUGGCUGGGCCUCAAGGACGACAUCUCAGACCUACUCCCUCCCUCCCCAACCAGGGAGGCUCAGAGGGGACCCCCUCCUGUGAGUCAGCUUUCUGCCCCAGGCUGCCACUCAGGCCCGGCCAGGCUGCCUUCCUUCUCGGGGGCAAAGCCACCAACCGAGGGUGCAGGUUCCCCUGCCAAAGCCAGUCAGGCUUCCCAGCCAGGACCAUCUGAGGAAAAGGAGGAGGAGGACUGGCUGAGCCAUGCCCUGUCUCGGAAGAAGUCCCAAGGUCUGGCCAGAGAGGAGCGCACUGCGGCCCCUAAGGGCCAGAACUCCGUGGGGGCAGUGGGCCAGCCACCUUCUGGCAGCCUGCCUGCUGCCAGCCCGCAAGGGCUCAAGCCAGCGGCUGCCGCAGGGCCCUCAGAAACGGGAGCACCAAAGCCGCCUGCCAGGACUGCCACCUCAGGGUCCCGUGUAACUAGGAACCAGGCCACCUUGGCCCUCCAUGCAGGUGACUCAAAGAGGGGAACAGCCCCUGGAGACCACUCCGGCACCGAGCCUGCGAUUUGUUUCCUGAACUCCCAGGAACCCCCAGAGCUUUCUGUGCCUGUCCAGUCCCUGCUCCCGGAGUCCCUGGCCCAGAGCCUGCUGCCAGGCACACAAUACCAGAUGCAGCUCCUGGCUGCACAGGCACAGCUUCAGGGCGGCACCGCCGAGCUCCAGGCUGACCUUCUGCAGAAUCAGGCCCGGCUGGCAGAGCUGGAGGCCCAGGUGCGGAAGCUGGAGCUGGAGCGGGCCCAGCACAAGCUGCUGCUGGAGAGUUUGCAGCAGCGGCACCAGGCCGACCUGGAGCUCAUCGAGAGUGCUCACAGAAGCCGUGUCAAAGUGCUAGAAGCAUCAUACCAGCAACGGGAAGAGAGGCUGCGGAGAGAGAACGAGGAGCUGUCCACCCAGUACCUGUCGCGCUGCCAGGAAGCCGAGCAGGCCCGCGCCGAGCUCACUGCCCAGCACCAGCGGCGCUUAGCUGCUGCCACGCAGGAGAAGGACCAGGAGAUGGAGCGGCUCCGGGAACUGCAGCGGGCCUCCAUCCUGGAGAUGCGCAAGGACCAUGAGGAGCAGCUGCAGCGGCUGAAACUGCUAAAGGACCGGGAGAUUGACGCCGUCACCAGUGCCACCUCCCACACGCGGUCCCUGAAUGGCAUCAUUGAGCAGAUGGAGAAGUUCUCCAGCAGCCUGCACGAGCUGUCCUCCCGCGUGGAGGCCUCACACCUCAGCACCACCCAGGAGUGGGAGCUGGGGAUCCGGCAGCGGGACGAGCAGCUCCGAGUGCUGCAGGAAAGGCUGGGCCGGCAGCAGCGGGACAUGGAGGAAGAGCGAAACCGGCUCCAGGAGGUCAUCGGGAAGAUGGAGGCGCGCCUGAGUGAGCAGAGCCGGCUGCUGGAGCAGGAACGCUGGCGGGUGAGUGCGGAGCAAGCCAAGGCAGAGUCCGCGCAGCGCACUCUAGAGGAGCAGAGGAAGGUCAUGGUCCAGCAGAUCACCAUGGAGCGGGAGGAGCUGGAGAGAGCCAAGAGUGCCUUGCUGGAGGAGCAGCAGUCCGUCAUGCACAAGUGUGGGGAGGAGCGGCGGCGCCUGGCGGCCGAGUGGGCCGAGUUCUUUGCACAGCAGAAGUUGAGUAAGGAGCGGGCAGAGCGAGAGGCAGAGCGGGCGCUGAAGGUGGACACCCAGCGGGAGGGCACCCUCAUCAGCCUGGCCAAGGAGCAGGCAGAGCUGAAGAUCAGGGCAAGUGAGCUCCGGGCCAAGGAGGAUCAGCUGGUGGCCGAGAGGGAGGCUCUGGAGCGGGAGCGGCAGGAGCUGCGGCUGGAGAAGGAGAGGGUCAGUGCCGCCGCCCAGCGCAUCAGGCUGCGCGCUGAGGAGGUGGAGAGCAUGAGCCAGGUGGCCUCAGAGAAGUACGAGGAGGGGCAGCGGGCACUGCGUGAGGCCCGGCAGGUGCAGUCAGAGCAGCAGGCCCGGCUGCAGCUGGUGCAGCAGCAGCAGGAGCGGCUCCGGCAGCAAGAGCAGCACAUGAAUCAGGAGCAUCUGAGCCUGGCCCAGCAGCGGCUGCAGCUGGAUCAUGUCCGACAGGACCUGCUCUCUGGCCCUGUGGCGCUGCUCUCCAGGGCCCAGGGCCUGGCACCCUCUGGCCUAAGUGCUGUCGUGGCUCCUGCUCCCACCACGCCUCGGUGCAGCCAGCCUCUGGCUGGCCUGGGCCCCUCACACCUCCACGCCAAGCUGGUGCUACUGAAACACACAGCUGCGCAGGGAGCAUGUCCUAUGUGCCAGGCUCUGUGCUGUAAGUUUAUGUACCUUGUAAGCGCUUGCCCUCCCACAGCACUCCAAGGCAGGACCAUGACUUCUUGGAGAAUGAACAGUUCUUCCUGGAGACCCUGAAGAAAGCCUCCGACAACAUGGCAUCCCAUUCAGCCUGAAGGGCCCACCGCCGCCUCAGCAGAGGCCUCGGACCCUGGAACUCUCCCACCGCCCACUGGCUGCCAGCCCUGAGGAGGGAUCCCCAGGAAAGCUUGCGAUGCCCGGGGCCUGAUUACAGCUCUCCCUGUGGAUGGGGUGCAGGCGCCUUCUUCCUGAGCGCUCCACCCCGUGGGUAAGGCCCUGUGCCUCUCGGACUCCAGGGGCAGCAGCUUCUGGGGAGACGUGAUACUGAGGGCAUCCCAGCCCCACGACACUGUCAGCCCCAGCUCUGGUUCUCCUGCCCCGCACGCUCCCAGCUACGGUCCCGGGGUCUGACGGGCUCUGUGGGCCCCUCAGUUCCUCAGUCUGUGGGUGGUUCGGGGAUCUUUUCCCCUGGGCCUCUUCUGAGGCAGGGGGUCUUCUGGAACCCCUUUCCACAAGGAAUCUCCCACCCUUCCUGCCUGAGAGGCCAGCAGAGAGAGCACGGGGUCUUCUCCCUAAUGGGGACAGAAGAGUCAGGCCACCCAUUUGAAAGGGCCUUCCAGCCUCCUGGCCAAGGGGGUGGGCAGCCAUGCAGGGGCAGAGAGGGCUCUGGGCCCGGCCAGCUGUUACCUCCCAGUCUGCUGCGCUCUUGGGCCUCAGCCAGCCAGCCCUGCCUGUUAUCAGGCCAGCUCCCACAAAGUCCCCGCCUCGUUCCUGGCUGGUGGAGCAACAGACUAGCUCACACAGACACUGGCCUCAUGGCUUCUUGGAAUACGCUCCCCAGAGGCAGGAGAGGGGGCUGUGGGUGAUGGUGGGGUAUGGGGAAGGACAGAAGGCUUCUCUCUGUGCUGUUCGCUUGUCACAAAACCACAUCCGGGUGGGAAUGAAGAUGAUGGCAGCGCCAGACCGCUGCCUGGGAGGAGACAGCACCCUGGAAUGGGAGGGGCUGCUGCCCUGGGUCAGAGUUUGGGGGGGCUCUGCCCUUCUCCACGUGUGGGCAGUGGGCCAAGGCCAGCCGGAAGGGCACCAGGAAAGGGGUGGAGAGUUGGUGGUUGUCCCCUGCAAACCCAAGGACUCAACUAACAAAAUCACAACUAAUCUAGA